AUGCGUUACUCUAUCUCCAACCUCGCCAUUGCGGCUUCUUCUUUGCUGGUCAAGGAAGUCUUUGCUGGUCGAUAUGAUGUCCGAAAGAGAGACCUCUAUGUGGUUACCGACGAGGUUAUCGUGACUGAGCAGGUUACUGUCUACGACUUCGGCACCACUCUCUCGACUGGCGGCGCCCGGCCUGUUGCAACUAUCACCAUAGACGGAACUCCUGUCCUCGUCCCCGCAGCCUCAAGCCCAAGCCCAAGCACUCCGGUUUCGCCUAGCACCCAACCUACCGCGGUCUUCAUCCAAGAGCCUCCCAAGAGCUCAACACCCGCCCCGGUUCCGACUACCAGCCCCAAAGCAGCAGCUGUAGUCCCCGCAACCACUCCUCCAGUUGUCGUUCCUACAACUCUCGUACCCGUCACAACAUCCACACCCGCCCCAAUAUCGAUUCCCGCUGGCACUACCGCCUCAUCCUCUGCCAAGCGUGGUCUUGCGUUCAACGAUGUGUCCCUCCUGAGUGGCUUCGCCGGCUCCAAGGCGAUCUCUUGGGCAUACAACUGGGGCAACUCAGCGACCGUUCCCUCCGAAUGGGAAUUCGUUCCUCUCCUCUGGGGCCUCUCCUCAACCUUCACCUCCGGCUGGAAUGCCGCAGCCACCAAGGCCAUCGCAGCCGGCUCCACCCACCUGAUGUGUUUCAACGAGCCCGACCUUGGCAGCCAAUCCAACCUCUCGCCCGCCGCCGCAGCAGCCGGAUACAAGACCUACAUGAUGCCUUUCGCCGGCAAGGCCCAGCUCGGCUCCCCAGCCGUCACCAACGGCGGUAGCCCCAUGGGCCUCACCUGGCUCGGAAAUUUCCUUACCGCGUGUACAGGCUGCCAGGUCGACUUCGUCUGCAUCCACUGGUACAACGGUGGCGACGCAGCCGCAUUCAUGGCCUACAUCGACCAGGCUUACACUGCGGGCGGAAACAGACCUCUCUGGAUCACUGAGUUCCAAGGCGAGGGCGAUGCCGCGGCUCAGAAUACUUUCCUCGAGACCGUCCUCCCGCAACUCGAUGCUUCGCCCAAGGUCGCCAGAUAUGCGUACUUCAUGGCGAGCGAUGGGAACUUGUUGAGCUCUGGGACGUCGCUGAGCACGCUUGGGAAUACCUACGCGUUUGCAAGCUAA